AUGGACCAUCACUGUCCGUGGACGAAUAAUUGUGUCUCCCAUUUUACGUAUCCACAUUUCCUCCGCUUUGUCUUUUAUGCUGUUAUCUCAAUGAUAUACCUUGAAUAUCUUUUGUACGAACGGUUAGCCAUUUUAUGGGGUAACCGCCAUUUACCGAGUUAUCUUGGUCCUUCUAUCAUACAGCUAGGACAUUUGCUAUCGCUCGCCGGUGUCAACUCGGUUGUUUUGUUCGCCCUUUCCAUUUUGCUUUCGCGGACAUUGUGGAUAUUGUUACAAAAUCAGACUACAAUCGAAGGAUGGGAGAUUGAAAGACACAGGACUUUGGUGCGGAGAGCUCGUGUGUUUGGGGGCUAUCUUGACGGACCAGACGGCACCAAGAUUCGGAUUCAAAAGCAGGAGUUCCCUUACGAUAUUGGAAUAUGGCGGAACAUUCAGGAUAAUAUGGGAACUGGUAACUUUUUCAGCUGGUUUUGGCCGUUCUCUCCAUCUCCUCGUCCAGGUACUGGGCUGGAGUUCGAAGUGAAUGGGUUUGAUGACCCUUCUCUUUCGUGGCCACCGCCGGAUCCAGAUCGAAUGUAUCGACAUGUAUUGCCCAAUGGAAAGUGCCAAAACGACAUGACUCUUGGCCAGCAAAACUUUGACCAGGACGAUAUUGAUGCGUUUCGACGACGGCAAGAGUUAGACUACCAACGUUACCAAACUGAAGCUGGCGUUAUGCGUCGAAAGCCUUUUCACCAGAGAUAUACGGACAACAUAAAUACUGAAUAUAUUUCAGAUCCAAGCAACUCUGUUAAAGGUUAUUAUUCGUCGGAUAGUGGCGAGGAAGGCUGGCGGAACUCAGAUGGAGACCGUUUACGUGAUUUUGGAGUCGACGAGGAAGCAGAAUUUUAUGACGAAGAUGAUGUUCCGUUGGCGGUUUUGAUUGAACGACGAAAAAACAAGAAAGACCUCGCAGCUCGUACCGAACCCGCAGCAAAAUCCUCCACAAAACCCUCUGACCCUAAUUCUCACCUUUGGGAGUAG